AUGGACAUCCUCCUCAACAUCCGCGUCGCCAUCCUAAGAUUCCUGUUCAAUUACAACGAAGGCCUGGAGCGGAAGCAAGAGCCCCAACCACCAGCACCCACCUUCAUCGAGACGAUUCCUUCGUCUUCACCACAAGGUUCCGUGGCGCUGCACUUCUACACUCCUCCAGGGUUCCAGAAACGACAUGGACAAGUCUCCAAGACGAGAUAUCCUCUGGUGAUCGACUUCCACGGCGGUGGCUUUACGGCAGGUCGUCCAAGUAUAAACGCUCGUUGGAUAGCAUCUCUGCUUGCGAGUGAUGCACAGCCGGUCGUUGUUGGUGUCGAUUAUGGUCUGGCUCCUGGAAAUCCGUUCCCGGGUCCGAUUCAAGAUGCUGUCGUCGCGAUCCUCUGGCUCGCGAAUGAAGGCGCCGAGAAGUAUAGCCUGGAUCCGAAGCGCAUCGUUCUGACGGGUUUCAGUGCUGGUGGGACGCUGUCCAUAGUGGCUCCCAUGUGGAUACAAGACAACCCAGAGGGCUCAUCUUCUGGAAGAAAGCUGCCGUACCCACUGCGAGGAAUCGUCUCCGUCUAUCCAGGUAUAGACUUUCGCAUGCCUCGAAAGCCACCUGCAGACAUGCUCGGACGAUUCCUGAGCGGCACAUGGGACCAAGCGUUCUACCAGAGGUCACCACUCGACUCGCCUUUCGUAUCUCCCGCUGCAGCCACUGACGAGCAGCUGAAAAAUGCUCUGCCUCAGCGAGUCGGGUUGUAUCCAGUGGAAAACGACGAUUUGAUGAAGCCGUGCGAAGACCUCCGCGAGCGUCUCAAAAGGCUCGGAAAGCAGGUGACUGGGGACAUUGAGCCGGAUGCUUUCCAUGGGUGGGACAAGUAUCCUGCCAAAGAGGGAGAUGCUGCGAAGUGGGAGAAGAGAGAGGCGUGGUUCGCGCGGAUGGCUCGAGAUAUAGAAGCCAUGCUUCGGUAG